AUGGACGAGGACGAGUGGACCCAAGAUUAUGAUGAGUGGGAGAUCGGCUCUUUCACUCCUUAUACCGGCGAAGCCCCAACUCUGCAGCAAAAUCCUGCAGACAAUAAAGGAAAUGUUAAGCAAGGACCAUUUCCCGAAAUAGAGAUAAAUUCUUCUUCAGACGAUGAUGCGCCACCGCCACCACCGUCAACACAGUUAGCACGAGAAAAUCUUAAGCUGAGAUCUAUGGUAUCUGAUUUGAAGCAGAAAUCUCAGAACGCAGAGAAAAUUAAUAUGACGCUUAAAAAACAACUUUCUAACUUGAGAAGUGCGUUCCGCAACCAAGUUAAUUCAAGUGUUCUUACCUUAUUUAAAUAA